AUGGAAGAUUAUAGGAAAUAUUUAAGGGAAGCCUUAAAUAGAAGAUAUGAAGGGAAAUUCCAGCCCUUCCAAAAAACAACAAUCUCCUCACUGACCACUUCUGACCCAUCCAAUAACGAACGGGAAGUAGAACCGAAACGACCAAAAUAUAAUGCAGAUAAAAAAGUUGGUGGAGAUGGAAAAAGUAUCCAUUCAGGCAUGACCAACGGUGUAAACAAUAAUACAGGUGUAUAUAUAGAAGAAUAUGAAAUGAAGUCUUUUAAAGAAAGUGGAUUGAAGCUUAUUAGGAAUUGCGAAGUUUCCUUAGUGAUUUUGGCAGGAGGGUUAUCUACCCGCAUGGGCAGCUGUGAGCCUAAAUCCUUGAUUCCAGUGACCGUUGUCAAGGGAAAGUGUUUACUACAAUUACACCUUGAGAAGGUUGUUACACUUUUUAGGUCUUCGGGGGCUGAUCCUCACCCAUACAUUUUCAUUCUUACCUGCAGCUUCAAUUACCCCCAAAUUCUUACAUUUUUGAAAAAAAAUAGCUUUUUUUCGCUAGACUCCUCUCGGGUGGUAUUGCUGCUCCAGUCGAAUUUACCCUGCUUUAUUGGAGAGGAUUUAGCUUUUUCAGAGUACCCGAAGUCGUGCCUCAGUAGCCCCAAAUCUGACUUCAUUGACUUUUCCCAAAGAGCUGAUUUUGAUAAUUUUUACACCAGAGGUUUCAGGAUGGACGUUCAAUUUGAAGGACUUGUAACUUCCCCAAACGGCAAUGGCGAUGUUUUUAAGUCACUCCAUCUGAGUUCAGAGUUUAUGGAUAUACUUCCCAAGCUCAAGUGCUUGCACGUAAUUAGUGUUGACAACUCGCUAAGCAAGCCUUUGGACCCUGAAUUCAUAGGCUUGCAGGUCCAUUUGCCCUAUUUCGAAAUGCUAAACAAGUGCAUAUUGAGAAAAGAUGGUGAGAGUCUAGGAGUGUUUUGUGUUAAAGAUUAUCCCCAAAUUAUUGAGUAUACAGAGAUAAAUAAUGUUUUACAAACAUACAACGGUGAUUUAUCGAAUAACUCAGCCGAUACCUCAGUAAAUCAGUUUGUACUUGGUAACAUGUGUGAUCAUUUAUUUUCUGGUAAAUUCAUAACUAAAGUGCUGGAAAAGAAGUUGUAUGAGGAAAUGCCAUUUCACGCUGCAAAAAAGAGAAUUCCUUACUGGUGUAAUGAAACUUUAAAGUUCCUGUUCCCAGACAAACCUAACGGUUACAAACUCGAGCUUUUCAUCUUCGAUAUUAUGCAGUUCACAAAUAACGUGAUGUGCGUUUUGGUGGAUAGAGAUGAUAGCUUUGCGCCUUUGAAGAGUUCGUGGGACUAUGAUUUGAGUAAUGAUGAGGCCAUACAAUACAGGAUGGAUAAAGUGUUUAAAAAAUGGUUAUGUAAGUUCAAUUGUACGGUUCUAGGGCUCUUAGAACUGUCUCCAACUCUCUCCUAUGAGGGAGAAAAUUUACAGAAAUUUAAAGAUCAAACACUUAAAGGGCCAAUAUACCUUGACUAAUAUACAAUAAUCCAAC